ACCAGUUUCAGUCCCUCACUUGCUAGCUAAGGGGAAGGUGCUGCGCUUCAGCACUGUAGUGACGUGGAUUUACUUGAAUUUUCAUGAGCUACGUAUGUUGAGCGUUUAUAAAGCACAUGUGGUAUAUUGUGCUGUACAUAUAUGCACAUAAUUAGUGUGUUUGAACUAAUAAUACAUAAAUCAUGUGUGUAGAAAAAACUUGUUGACACAGAACACUAGUUUUGUUAGAGCGGACUAUGCAGUGAGCGAUGAAAUGCUCGUAAGAAGCGUGCCGCAGUCCAUCAGAUACUGAGGUUGUUCCUUGUACGGUGGACGAACGUCAGCAUGCCAAGAUGCGGUCCUCUGUGUUGAUAGCCUUGGCCGUGCUGUGCCAGACAUGCCGUCUGUGUGUGGGCGCGGGACUUGCUCACGAGCCCGAGGAACCCGAGGACGUUGUCACCACCACCUCUCAAGAGGACAUCAUCACCACCACUCAAAGAGACAUCACCACAUCCCAAAAAGUCGUCAGCACAUCGCAGAGUGGCGGUAACCAGCAUGUCCGUCCCACUGUGGUGGAGCCGCUGCUGGAGGACGGCAGGGUGCCGACUCGUGUGGAUCAGCUGGUGGUGUGCUCUUGUCCAGAACUGUCUCCUGACGGCUGCCGGCGCUUCCUUUCCGAUGCCAGCAUUGCCAGUAAAAAUAUUGAUUUCGAGGACAUUAGGGUUUCUGUGACUGACUUGAGCGUGGCGGUGCAUGACGUGACCUGCCAGAAGAAGGACCAUCGUUUCAUGAAAUACAGUGAAGGGGAGUUUUAUUUGCGGGAACGCGGUGACGUUGUCCUCGUGAAUGUCGGUGACAUGACUGGUCUCCGUGUCAACGACUACUGCGCCGAUCUGCGCCGCGACAACGGGCGCUUGACUUGGAACAUAAAGAUCUGUGUUGCCCCGCCUUCAGUACCCACAUGCUGCCCCAGCGGACAGGCACUGAAGGACGGGGUGUGCCAGAACGCCACUACCCCUGACACUCUCACGCCUCCUAUGUCCAUUUACGUUACGGGAAAACCUCUAGAUUGGCCGGUUAUUAAGAAUCACCAUAACCCCUUAAACUGCACCUCAGAUCCUCUGACAUCAAUACCAUUAAUUCCGGAAAAAUCAUAUUUAUUAUCAGUUCCAACAGGACUUAUGCACGUCUGGACCCCAGCUGAUCAUCAUGUUAACAGACACUUCACUUACCCUCCUAACCUCUGCGUUGAUGGUUACGUGAACUCCAACGGAUCGGAGGUUUACUCCGCCAAUAUUUGCUAUUCGCACCCAGACCAGCAGCGUGAAAAAUGUGAGGGACAUGUUUGUGUGCGAAAGUGUUGCCCAGAUGGCGAGGAAAUGAACCAGAUGUUGUAUCGGUGUGUUUCCUCCAACCUCACGGACUUUAAGCCUGUAUUCACCAAACAUCCCGGGGAUUACUCGGUAGUGCAUGGUAGGCCAACAUGCCAGUUCCAAACAGUGGUGAACGACUCCAGUAUUGACAACAAAGGUCGUUAUCUCUUCCAUGGCGAUCAUUUGUCAGCUAUGGAAUAUUGUGUGGAUAAGUUUAAUGAUGGUCGGGGGAAGAUUGAAGACAUGGCAAUAGUGUGCAUCAAGGGACCAACGAAAUUGUGGCCGAGAAUACGAAAAAUUGCAUUCCCUAUACUUCAACUUAUCUCCUUCAUCUUCCUGCUCCUGACGGUGGGCUGCUACUGCCUGGUUCCCGAGCUGCUGACUGGUGGUGGGUGGUAUCAGUUGUUCCACGUCAUCUCCCUCAUGGUGGCCUACGCAACCAUGCUCGCACAGGAUAUGUUCAGCAAGGUUUGGAAGCCUAAUACAUGUUUUAUUAUGGGAAUUUUGCUUCAGUUUAGUUUCCUGUCCACUUUCUUCUGGCUCAACGUGCUGUGCCUUGAGGUGUGGAGGAAAAUAAGGAGCAUCAACAAGUUCCGUCCAGCCUCAGUCGUUCCCAUCUGGAUCUACGUGCUCUACGCCUUCGGGACGCCAGUUGCUAUUGGGAUUGUGACGGUGUGCAUGCAUUUCUUCGCCCCGGAUGAUGUGCCUGGCGUAUUGAAGCCUCACCUUGCACGGAGCAGGUGUUUCUUCGAAGAUCCAGGAUACUACCUAUAUUUCUAUGGACCCAUUGGUUUCUUAUUUGUUCUCAACAUUGCCUUCCUUGCCCAUACUUACUGGACCUGCACCAGAAUUGAAAGAUAUAUCUCGGAGCUGAAGACAGUCGGUUCAGAGAGGGGCAAUGAGGUACCAACGGAACACAUCCACCGCAAACGUGACUAUAUGUCAAAUUUCAAGCAACAGUUCUCUCUGCUGGUGAUGAUGUCGCUGUGCUGGGUGUCAGAACUUUUGUCUUUGCUUAUUCCACCUCCUGAAAUGUGGGCUGCAACAGAUACGCUGAACACGUUGCAAGGCUUCUUCCUCUUUGUAAUCUUUCUUGCCAAUAGGAGCAAACGUAAACACCUGAAGAAGAAGUUUCCACUGCUCUUCGAGUUUGGGAAUCAGAUUAGGAAAGUCCUUUGCCAUUGCUGUUGCUGUUGCUGUCCAGGUGCCACGGAGACCUGCCUGGCUCCACUCGGCAGCUUCACAUCCAAAGUCAGCAGGAAACUGUCGCCUUCAUCUACAUUGUCAAGCCUGUCAACACUCAGUACUUCUUUGAAAUUUUCAAAAUUCUCAUUUUCGAUGUCCAUCUUAGGUGACCUUGAUACAGAGAGACCAGCUUCCUUGGAACAAGAUAGUGGCAUUACCAUAUUAUCUCAUUCACCAAUUGCAGUCCGCAGUCUCUCUCCCCAUGAGAAAACUGACACACAGUGUUAGUUCCUCUUAUUGUGUUGUCUCUCUAUUCCGUUUUUUUUUUUUUUUCUUCUUCUUCUGUGGAUAUCCUUUAUAAAGAUAUGAAAUGCGCCAUAGCUAGGACAGAUGUGUAUCAUAGCUUAGAACGUCAAUCUUAAGUCGUUUGUCUUUUUUUUUAUUUCUUUUUUUUUACAAUAAGGUUUAUGUAGUUCAUGUUUUUAUUAUAAACAUGGAUUUUCAUUUGACAACAGAAGUUGAUGGCAACCCUCCUCCGUGAAGACGAACACUUCCGUUUCACGAUAUAGACGAAAAAACACAAUGGAAAGAGGUAAAAUUUGACGGAAACUGCUAGUGUCACGGCGCCUGGAAGUCCAUCACGAGCGUCUUGCCACAUGUACUGCUAACUUAUUUGAAAUACUAAAAGACGACGUAAAAACUUUUAUUUAUAAUAUUUUAAACGUUUCAUUGAUAAUUUUCGUGUUUAAAAGUGUUUGGGGAAGAGACAGUGGAUAAGAAGGUGAUGACACUUCCAACGUGGAUUACAAAAAUGCACAGGUUGUAUCCGUGAAAUUGGUUGGGACGCGGUACAGCUUAUCAGUAAAGCUGUAUCAGUUCACUAGUUACUCAUUAAAAAUAUACAUACAGUAACAGCUGUACUAAUUUAGUGUUUAUCAUCUAAAUGAAAGAAAAACGAUCUUCGUGAGCAAGACAAUCACAUCCUUAGUGAUCAACGGCCGCUGAGUGACCGUCCCUUGACGUGAACGAAGCGUUACGGAACUUUUACAUCGCUUGCUAGUAAAGGGCAUCAUAAACUACAUUCUGUAGAAAACCGUUUUAAACUGUACCUGAAACUUCAAAUACUUCCAUAUUACUAAUAACAGUUUGAAGUUAUGUGUGCAGGGCUGGAUUACCUCUGCUUGCUUUUGUUAUGUUUGGGAAGUGCACCGAAUUUAGGCGCGGUCUUAAUCAAUAUAGUGAAUCUGCUGGAAAA